AUGACCCAGUCACUGCGCGCAGUCUUUAGGGACAAGCCAUUGAUGAGACUGAUAUGGUAUCAUGCACUACGCAUCAGUAUCAAACAACUGGUUCGGCGCCAAGCCACAAAGAAAUCCAACGUCCAACCCGAUCAACUAUGCGACCUCUUUCCAUGUCUACUGUCAAACGUCAAACGCUACCGCAACAUCACCAGCAUAGAUUGGCUACUCGAGAACAACUACACAUCACUGCUCGUAUUGAAGUUGAAGCGUCGCGAGCCCCUAGCGUGGACCUUCAACUCACUGCGACUGGUCGCCUUUCGAAUGUUUGAUCGCGACACACUCCAACUCAUUGUCGACACGUAUGGCGCACGCGAGAUCUUCACGGGCGAGGGCAGCUCUGACAUCAUAGAAUGUUGUUGUCGCUACAACAACCUGUCGCUGCUUGAGCUGUAUGUGCGCGACGGCUUGCCACAACGGAAAUUUGAUGUGUCGUCGCUGUACCGCAUUGCCGCCGCGCGCGGCAACCUGCCUCUGCUUCAAUGUCUCGAGUCGACUGGCUUGCGCGUCGACGACAUCUCGGCGCUGUACAUUGGGAUGAUUGAAUCGACGAGCGCCCAAGUCGUUGACUACAUCCACGCGAACAUCGAUCGUUUGGUCGUCCAGCAAUCACCCCCAAAGCCGCGUAGCGGCGUAGCGCGUCUGGUGGGCGGCCUCGUUGGCAGCGACUCGUCGUCAUCCUCGGCAAACCAGCAACCCUCCAAGGACAAAUAUCGCGCAGAUCUCAGGGCCAAGGCCUCCACACUCAUGUCCACAGACUUUAAGACAAUCAACGAGGCUCAUCUGUACUACCUCGUCAGCAUCGGCAAGGUGUUUCACAAGCGACAACAUCAACAACACAGCAGCCCGGCCGAGCUUGUGGCGCAGUAUCGACAACAGGUGUGCCAAGAUCUUGGCGAGACCCCGCCACUCGCUCUCGACUACCUCGCCAUGCUCAACAUGCUCGUGGCGCAGGGCUGGAAGAGCGAGAUGCAUCACGCCGACUUCCAAAUCGCCCGCAUGCACAACAUUUCGAUCACACGCUACGCCAUGAAGACGCUCUUGAACAAGGCCAGCCAGACGUCGAUCCUCCACUCGAUGCUGCGGAAGGGCACGCUCGAGCAGCUUCAGUACGUGCUGCAAAACAUUGGCCCAAUCAAACAGAACAACUAUCAAAUGGAUUACAUCCUCGCGGCGACUGCGAAUGAGUCGCCCGCCGUCGUCCAAUACGCAUACGACAUGUUCAACUCAUUCUUUGGAGUUGGCAACUCAGCCCAACAACAGGACAAUUACAAUUCACUCUGGCUCAACUCAAUCAUUGGAUCCUCAAACAUUGAAUGUGUGCGCUACUUGAUGACUCGCAAGGUCGCGCCCAAGGCUAUACACAUUAGACGCGCGCUAGAGGUGCACAACAUUGACAUACUCAUACUUCUGUUUGAGAAGGUGCCGAUGCUGGCCUACGAAGAGCUGUGCGUCAACAAGUUGUACUACUCAUUCGUGGCCGAGCACUUUGUCACGCUACAUCAACGCUUCCUCGCCCAGUGCCAGGCCAAGGCCGCCGCCAAGAUGGACGUUCAGCUGGACCUCCAAUCGCUGGCCAAUGUCAGCUCAUACUUUGGCCUGGACGACACGCUGAGGUACAUUCACGAGACGGUCGACCCGACCCUGACCAUAUCGACCAAGUACGCCGCUCGCACCGGACAGUUCGCCACGCUCGAGUAUCUGGCCGCGUCCGAGAUGGGCGUGUUUGACGAGGACACGUGGAAGACUGUGGCGACACUGGGCGACGUCAACGUGUUCAGGCGACUGUACCAAUCACAGAUGAAGCGCACCAAGAUGGAGUCCAAGGAGGCAUGCGUGGACCUGCUCUCGAUGGCCUAUCUCCUUGGACGCGUGGACCUCAUUCAAAUGACGUACGUGGCGGAUCAGCGACAUCUACACCCGACUCUCGAUGUACUCAUUGAGACGAUGAACAACGGACAUGUCAACAUGAUACAAUACUUCCUUGCGCAUCACUCCUCGGCCAUCUACAUCGUCGAGCAACUUCGCGAGUAUGCACGCCAGCAUCACCUCACAGACAUGAUUGCACUGUUCCAGACAACAAAGCGUCGUGCAUGCUCCAAAUAG